AUGAUUGACAAAUAUUGUGUUCUGAUUAACAAUGAUGUCCUAGAGGGAAAUUGGUCAAAUGAUUAUAGAUAUGGUAAACCACCAACUCACUGGAGUGGCAGCUAUGCCAUCCUCAAACAGUGGUAUGCCUCCCUCUGCAGCAGGGUCAAGUACGGACAGUGCUGGGUGUUUGCCGGUGUUAUGUGUUCAGUGAUGCGCCUGCUGGGAAUCCCCUGCCGUGUGGUCACCAACUUCCAGUCUGCACAUGACACCAACCAGAACUUAAUCAUAGACAACUACUAUGAUGAAUAUGGAAUUAAAGACAAAGCUACCCGUGACAGCAUCUGGAACUUCCACGUCUGGGUAGAGGGAUGGAUGAGGCGACCAGAUCUGGCAGAUGAUGGCAGAUAUGAUGGCUGGCAGGUUCUAGAUGCAACUCCACAGGAAAAGAGUGAAGCUCACACUUAUGACACAAUGACAAAAUAUGCCAACAUCCUCAGUCCUUUGUCUGAUUAUGUUGGAAUGCAGGAGUCCACACCUGUGAAUGGUCAGGAUGUGAACUUGAAGCUGGUGCUGAACAGUGACAGCAUCGCUGCCAGGAAGCUGUUUAUCAACAUUAAUGUCCAGGCCAUGAGGUACACUGGCAAACCAGUAGCGAACAUCCAGAAUCAGGUUGUCGAGAAGGAACUGCUCCCUGGGAAAGAUUUGAUCAUCCCAAUCCUUGUCCCAUACUCGACCUACAAUAAACGCAUGGUACACUGUGAGAGCAUGAAUUUUUCAGCCUUGAUCACAGACCUGCAGAAUGAAGAUAACAUAUACCUGGGAAGCAAAUGUGUUGUGCUGAAAGACCCGCCAAUGACUAUCAGAGUUUCUGACGAAGUCAGAGUGAACCAGGAAAUGACUGUCGAAGUGGCUUUCACAAAUCCAGUCAACGAGAUCCUGAGAGACUGCACUCUGACUCUCUCUGGAACGGGCUUGUUUAAAUGGGAGGAAAUAGCCAGACUUCCAGAUCUGAUGCCAAACAAGAAAUUACAUGUCAAAAUGAGCACUGUUCCCUACAAGAGCGGAGAAAAGACUUUACUGGUCGACUUUGACUGUGCCUCCUUCAGAGACAUCAAGACCAGCUGCAUUGUUCAUGUCAACCCUUAAACUUUACUGAUGUAAUUUUCCUCUGAAUGCAUUUAACGCAAACGCUGCGGCAUUUACAGGGGUUGGACAAUGAAACUGAAAAAGUUUCAGUUUCAUUGUCACUUUUUCAAACUGAAAAAGUGUGCUAUUUUUAUGUGUACAGUUGUUAACUUACUGGGGAAACAUAAGGGUCUCAGAUACAAUAAAUUUUAUUGAGACGCA